CACGUGCGACUUCCGGUGUUGUUGUAGAAGUUGAUUAGAGAAUGCUACACGAAAUGAAGAUGGAUUAUUACUAUAUUUGAGAGUCGUUUUUUAUUUGCAACCUUUUUUUCCGCGAGGAAAUGAAACAGUUGACCGAAUUGUAUGAUAUCAAUGAGUGACAUUUCGUAUUUUGUUUAUAGACACUGAAAACAUAUGCCUUCCUGUACUGUUUGCGGAGAAGAUGAGUUUGAGGCCAGGGACGGAUUAUUUUUCUGUACCAUGUGUAUGACGCAGUCCCAGGAUUUGAGGCAGGAGGAGGCGGCUGAAGAAUUUAUUGAUGUAUCUAAUGCUUUUGGGAUGCAUAUGAUACGCAAUAAGAAACAGCAACACAAAACAGACAAACAAGAUCAACGAGAUAAGGGUCGUUCAUGGAGCUGUUAUGAGGGGUUCCAGAUCAUUAUAAAAGAGCAAGUAAAAGCCCUGAUACGGCUAGGGGCAGAUCCGAAACUUAAGGAUGUUGUGUUCCGACUAUGGUGUACGUAUCUAGCCAAGAUCAACGUGGCAUUCACUGAAAACUUAGAAAAGAAUGAUCCUCUAUUGAAAAAGUUUGAACGACACAGGGAAAAGUAUCCAGGGACUGAGAACGACCCUGACAUAAAACCGGUAGUGUUAUGCAGAACAAUGAAGAAGAAAUCUGGUGUAGCAGCUGCUAAAGCAAAUAUUGAGAGUCAAGAACUGCAAUUUUCCUUGAGGGAAGAGGAGUUUUAUGAUGACGACAAUCCAUUUCAACGUGGCCAAGGAAAGCCUACGUCUGGGGAUGAACUUGAUGUGGACUCGGAUGACAACAGCGACAUUGAAGAAGAUGGUCAAAGCUCUACACACUUGACGAGGCGGUCGUACAUACGACACCCAGGUUUCAUGAGUAUGAAGAAGACAUUAGCGUUCUGUCAUCUAGGUCUGAUGUACACCAAUCCUUUGACCACAGCAGUGGACAUUGUCAGAUGGGUUCAUGAAAAUGAGAUUCCUUAUGAAAAGGCUUCUAACCUUCUUCCUAAGGACAUGAAGUUUGGUCCCUAUGACAGUAACACAUUUCGCGCAAAUCUACCUGUAUCUGAGGAGAAACUUCGACAGAAUAGUGGUCAGAUGAUAAAUUAUCUUGACCUCCUGGAUAUUCCAAUGCCCCCUAUAACAGACCUCAUCAAUAAAUACCUGGUCAUCUUGGAGCUGCCAGGUGACCUUCAUGGAUUUGUACACAAGAUCCAGGAACUAACAGCAUAUGUAAAACACUACAAGAGGAUAGGUCUGCCUAGUUACGACAGUAUAGCUAUGGCGUUCAUCAUCACCACCCUGGAGAUUCUCAUUGGUCUGGACGGCUCAAUAGAAAGGAAGUUGUCAAAGAUUUCAAAGAAGAUGGAGUCCUUGAUUCCCGUUGUGCAACUGUUUGUCUGGGAUGAUUGGGUUUGUCACAUCAACAAAAAACAGAAACUGACCUUGACCCAUCUGAUGUCUAAAACCUUCGACAUGAGGGUCUUGGAGAACGUCCAGCAGGUGACCACAUCGGUCAGACAUGCCCAAAGACGAGUUGGACGACACACAGAAAAACAACUAUCAAAGAAGUUUCAGGAAAGCUCUCAGAAUGCAUUACUUCUGCCGUUGAAAAUGUUGUCUGAGAGGGAGGAGUCAGCCGUAUCUUCUAACGACUCUACUUUGUGUGGUCAGGAGGAGGAUAACACUGACAAUGUAGGGUCCGCUUCGCAGGAAACAACCAAUCAGGUCCCAGAAAUAAGAUCACAGGACAAUCAAAGUUACAGAACAUGCAGACUGAAACACAUCACACAGCCCAAACACUUUGCAAACCUCAUAAACCAGGAGUGGAGACUCUCGCAGGAAACACAUGGGAGUUGUCAAGAUACUGGUGAAAAUACUGAUGGUUUCCAUACCAGGGAAGAAACAGCUACAAAUAGAACUGGGAAAGGUUUAACUACAACUGAUAACAUUGAAAAUACAGCAGUAACUUGUGAAAAUCCUGUUGUAGAUGAUUCUAGAGAAGAUUCAGCCAUGUAUGAUACUAGUGAACAUAUACAAGUGAGUGAUCAAGAACUAUAUGAUUCACUGACAGACAAAAUAGAACAAAUAUUUACUGAAAGACAAUUGGACAAGAACUUCGGGAAGAAGUGCAUGCUGACUAGUAACAGUAGUUACAGGUGGUUAGUCCACAAGUGUGCCGUCCUCACGGAAACUUCUGACACCAAUCUCAACAGGCAUGUCAAUGAAAUCCAGACUGCUUUGAUCAAGUCUUUUUCUCCACAGAAAAAAGGAUAUAUGUAUUUCAAUGAAGGUUUUGUGGCAUUUUUGUACAAUUUGAUACGUAAAAGUAAACUAUUUAGCGAAUGAUGAAAUAUGUU